CUGGAGGAGGUAGACUCCACCAGGCGUCGGGACGAGGCUGGAAGGUGCGGUGGGGGGUCCUAGCGAGAGCUAGAAGGGGUUCAGCCGUUCUCGGUGCCACCCCCAGAGAAAGGGACUGCGAGGCGGGGCUGGGGGUGCACCUGUUGCUGACUUCGCGAGACACUGGGUCCAGGAGUCAGCAGAGUACACUGAACUAGAAGAAGAACAAGCACAAAGUCGUCAUGGCUUCAAUGUCCACUCUUGAAAACCAAGAUAAAGGUCCCCAUUUGCCACCUCCAAGCAAACAGAGCCUGCUGUUUUGCCCCAAAUCGAAACUGCACAUUCACAGAGGAGAGAUUGGAAAGAUCAUGCGAGAAUGUCAAGAAGAAAGUUUCUGGAAGAGAGCUCUGCCAGCUUCGCUUGUAAGCAUGCUCGUCACCCAGGGACUAGUCUACCAAGGUUACUUAGCAGCUAAUCCUAGGUUUGGAUCAUUGCCUAAAGUUGCACUUGCUGGUAUCUUGGGAUUUGGCCUUGGGAAGGUGUCGUACAUAGGAGUUUGCCAGCGUAAAUUCCACCACUUCGAAGAUCAGCUCCGUGGGGCUGGCUUCGGCCCACAGCAUAACAGGCAUUGCCUGCUGACCUGCGAGGAAUGCAAAAUAAAGCACGGAUUAAGUGAGAAGCAGGAUUCACAGCCUUCAGCUUCCUAAACUCUGUGCCUGUGGCUUUUGAAGGUUUUUAAACUUCUGGUUUGUACACAUUUAAAAUUUUAAGUGUACUUUAAAAUAAAAUACUCCUAGUGGAACAAAA